AAAACGAGUGUGUACAUACACAUAAACAUCUUAAAAUCUAUAGGAUGUGAUACCCAUACUUUCAUGCAACUGACAAUUAAGUUUAUAGACUCAUAUGUACACUGCAAAAUACAGUAAACUAACCUGUAUUGUUAGUUUUGCUUGUUUGUUUAUUUAAUAUUCACAAAAAGUUGUCAAAAUGUUAUAUAUUUUAUAUUUUAAGUUAUUUAUUACACUGACAAUUGCAGUAAACAAUUUGUCAGCCGAACGAAUAAAAGAUAUGAUUUAUAUGUCAAUUGAUGGAGCGUCUGCUUGUUUUCGUAGACACAAUGGUACCCAUCAAUUUGGAUGUUCUUCAACAAGAGGUGGAAGUGUUGGAGUAAUACAGUUAAUAGAAACAUUUGAAGAUGUCAAUUGGAUUGAGUCUAAUGCAACAGCUGGGCCUUAUACUGUAGUCAUUCCCUUUACUAUGUUUACAAAUGAUGUUAUAGCGCGUCUUGAGGCAACAAAUAACAUAAACGGAAUUUUAAUAGCAAAAAAUAGUAGUCAAGCAUUUCCGUCCGCUUAUUCUCCAGAGGAUACAUGUCCAAAUAGAUACUCUGGUAUACAAUCAUGUGAUAAUAAUAAAGUUUGGAACCCAUCAGGAAAUGGUUUUCUAUUAAAGGAUUGGAAAUUUCCUAUCUUUUACAUUGAGAAUGAUAGCGUAUUGGAGAAGAUAAAAAAUUGCUACUUUAAACACAAUGCUCACAACCUUGAUAAACAAAAAGAACGUCCUCUGUGUGCUCUGGAAAUGCAAUCAUUUAUGACAGCAGCAGUUGACUCCGAAACAUGCAUUAGACGUAGUAAAAAAUUGUACAUGAAUCCAACAGCAUUUUGUGAUCCACUCAGUAAUUUAAAUAUUCAUUGGCCUCUAUCGCCUUUAAAUAACAAAACAGAAUCGAUAGUUUUGGUUAUCGCACGCCUAGAUGCAAGUUCUAUAUUUGAUAAUAUAUCACCAGGUGCAAAUAGUGCUGUCACAGGUUUAAUAACUCUUCUUGCCACUGCAUAUUACUUAAAUUUGCUCAAUGCCACUGUAAAUCAUACAAAUGUUUUAUUUUCUUUGCUAAAUGGAGAAUCAUUUGAUUACAUUGGAUCUAGUCGAUUUGUUUAUGAUCUUAAUAAAGGCAACUUCAAUGCUUUAGGAGGAAAAAAUCUAAAAUUCGAUAAAAUUCAAACAGUCAUCGAAUUGGGAGAACUUGGAAAUGAUCAGUUAUAUCUCCAUGCUAAUAAUCAUGAAAAUAAUGAUGUUAUUAUUAAUCUUAAAAAGAGUUUAGAUCUUGAGAAUACAACACUUUCCAACAGCGUACCACCUGCAUCGAUACAAAGCUUUCUCGCUGAAAAUCGUAACUUAACUGCAGUAGUAUUAGCUACUCACGGUGAACAAUUUAUCAAUAAAUAUUACGGCGGUAUUCUAGAUAAUGCUGAAACACUUGGAAUUCGAAGGAAGCAAAUAAAUAAAACAUUAGCUCAUGUAGCUAUGAAACUCGGUGACGUUUUAUAUGAAAAAGUAACAGGUCAAAAAUCACCUAGUAGUAAUGUAACAAUAAUUGAAGAACUUAUCAGUGAAAUGUUAUUUUGCUAUCUUGAAAGUGCUAAAUGUAAUCUAUUUCAAGCUGCUUCAAUACCAGGAUAUAAUAAAUUACCCAAUCAUACGUAUCCUUUGUAUGUUGGUGUAAGUUCUUCUCUGAACCACGCAACAAGUAUUACUGGACAACUUCUUGCUUUACUUACCGGAGAAAAGUUACCAAAUAUGACAGCAAAUGAGUGUAAUGAACACAGAUUAGCCUGGAUGGGUGGAUAUAAUAACUUUACUGGAAUUUGUAUAAAUUCAACGGUUAAUUAUACGGCUGCUGUUAGCCCAGCUUUUAUUAUUGAUGGGUAUCAAAUGAAAUCGGGAAAAUAUUCAACGUGGACAGAAUCACGUUGGCACAUACUCAGUGUCCGUAUGUUCAUUAAACCAUCAGAAGCAGUAGAACAAUUGACAAUCACAUUAGGAAGUGUCAUAGCUAUUAUCUCUUUAAUUGCUGUUUGGUUCAUAAACUCUCGAGCGGAUAUACUGUUUGAUUACAGUCCAGCAACAGAGGAUUGCUAGGUAAACGCCGCGGACCACAUAUUAAUGACGACAUUGAACCAUCAGCAAGACGAAACUGUCCCAGUGACUAGUCUUUGACAGCGAGCAAAAAAGUAUAUGAUUCAUAUGUGUGGUACGCCCUCGGACGUAAAUUUCUACUUAUUAUUUUAAAUUAAUUUAAUGCGUAGUGCCUCUGGUUUGCUAUCAGUGCAAUCUAGAUGCUCUAUUGUGCAAAUCUGUGAGUGAAGUAUCAAAAGACAAUAUUAUUGAAUUGUCUUUUAUGUUGCAUUUGUCGAAUUAUAAAAUGUGAUUGUUUCAUAUAUUUUAAUUUUAAAUGAUAUCAAUGCUCAUUAAACAGUUUUAAGCAUUUUUUUUAUGUACAUCCAGGGUUAAAUAAUUAAAUUAUUUUAGAAUGCAUAUUUAUCAAUUAAUAAUAUAAGCGUAAGUUGAGUUAGUAUGUA